AAAAAACUCCAAGGGAAUGUACGUAAAACAAAAUCCAUCAAACCCGAUAAAAAAAAAAAAAAACUAAACCCUAGAAAAAGUCCCCCUCCUCACCCCUUCUGCGAGAGAAAAAAAAGGGAAAAAAAAAGUGUUGUAGCUCAAAUAUUCCCCUUUCCCUUUCUAAGAGAAAGGAGAGGAAAUUUCGAAAGGAAAAGAAAAAUGGACGCAAUGAGGAAACAGCUCGAUGUCCUGAUGGGAGCCAAUCGAAAUGGUGACGUUCGGGAAGUGAAUCGCAAGUACUAUGAUCGCGAUGUUUGCCGUCUCUUUUUGUCCGGGCUUUGUCCCCACGAGCUCUUCCAAUUAACGAAAAUGGACAUGGGACCAUGCCCAAAGGUCCACUCUUUGCCGCUGAGGAAAGAAUAUGAAGAAGCCAGGGCAAAAGGUGUUGAUAACUAUGACAGAGAACUGGAAGAUGCCAUUGAUAGACUCAUUGUCGAGUGUGAUAGGAAAAUUGGCAGAGCUCUAAAGCGUCUUGAAGAUGAGGAUGCAAAAGCUGCUAUUGCAAUAUCAGUUUCUGAGGUUACACAGACGCCUGAAGUACUUGAGCUGUCUAAGCAGAUAAAGGAGAAACUGAAGGAAGUUGAUCAACAUGAUCUUGAAGGCAAGACAGAUCUUAAGAUUCGAGUUCUGGAAGAAGUAGAAGAGCUUCGAACUAAAAGAGCAGACAAGCAGUCAAUGCUGCUUUUGGAUGCAUUCAACAAAGAUAGAGCAUCCCUGCCUCAACCCCUGCCAAAUCCUCCAACAGUGGCACCUUUGCCUGUGCCUGCACCUGAUCCUCAUACACAGGAGAUGAUAAAUGAGAAGCUAAAGAAAGCCGAAGAUCUUGGUGAGAAGGGAAUGGUGGAUGAAGCUCAAAAAGCAUUGGAAGAAGCUGAAGCACUGAAGAAGCUGCCUGCUAGACAGGAGCCUGUUCUUGAUUCCUCAAAGUACACAGCUGCUGAUGUCCGCAUUACUGAUCAAAAGCUCCGUGUUUGUGACAUUUGUGGAGCAUUUUUAAGUGUUUAUGAUAGUGACCGACGUUUAGCAGAUCAUUUCGGAGGCAAGCUUCAUUUAGGUUAUAUACAAAUCCGUGAUAAACUAGCAGAGCUUCGGGAAGAAAGAAACAAGAGACGCAAAGUUGAUCAAUAUGAUGAUAGAAGAUCAAAGGAACGAAGUAGGGAUCAUGACAGAGAACCUAGUCGGGAUCUUGACCGAGGAGAUAGCCAUGACCGAGGGAGGGAUUAUGACCGUAAGAGCAGGGACCGGGACAGGUAUUAUGAGCGAGAUCAAGGAUAUGAUCGGGACCGUGAGAGAGAUUAUGAGCGCACACGCAGUUAUGAUUCAAGAGGCCAUCGCAGGUCUCGUUCUCGGUCUUGGGAACGUUCCAGGGAUUAUGAUCGACACAGGCGCGAUCGAUACUAGAUGAUUGUUGUUGCUAUUAUCAAGUGGAUGGAUAUGGAAUUGAUGUUGUUUAGGUCAGUGGUGAAUUUAGGAUUGAUAAUUAAUUGUGUGCUUGCUCUGAUGCUUUUGACGGAGCGUGGUAGUUUCUACCAUUUUGCUGGAUCUAUGGACUGCCCAGAGUUUUUUUUUUUUUUUAAUAUGCCUCAAAGAUUUUUCUUGACUAAUAUUUGUAAGAGGUUUGGUGUGGGUUACUUUGUGUUAAAAUUAUCUUUACUAA